AUGUUCCAAGCAGAAACAGUCUACGUUAAGCAUAUCCAUUCGACUUUAAAAUGUGUUGAUUUUGCGAAAGAAUGUACAGUAGAAAUCACUAGCCGUGGAAUACGUUUUGGAGUGGAUGAAUCUCAAUCGUUGCAAGCACAUGUAUUCAUUGACAGAGGUUUAUUUCAAAAGUAUAAUUAUGAGGACGAUGAAGAAAACAGCAACUACCUUUUCAAGACCAGACUAGCGCCGUUGUUACAAUGCUUAUCGAUAUAUACAGAUGGAAAAGACAAACAAAUUGCCAAUCCGUGGGAUCAACAGCCUUCUACAAAUACUAUGCAUAAACGAGGUGUAGUAUGCAAGAUACACUUUGAAGGAAUUGGUUACCCGUUUGAAUGGGAGGUUGAAGAAAUGGCAGGAUAUUCUACGAUAUGUGAAUUAUCAACAUUAGAAUAUGAAGAAAACAUCGAUGUUAGCAGGUUAGCUACUACCUUGAAUACAAAAGUUAUUAUGAGAAGUGGUUGGUUAUACGACGCACUUUUAGAGUUAGACAAUAACUUGAGUGAAUCGCUUAUGAUUGAAACUUCUUCCCAAAAGUCGACAUUUCUUCUACGAUGCGUAGGCGGGAUGUCUACAACGGAGAUGGAAUAUCCAAAUGAAAAGAAUGUUUUAGAAUCUUUCGAAACGAACUCAGAGUAUACGUAUACCUACCGUUUUGCUCUUAUUCGUCAAGCGAUUAAAGCCUUGCAGGCAGGUACUAAAGUGAGCUUACGCAUAGAUGAAAAUGGAACACUGAAUAUUCAGUUAAUGCUCGUAGGUCAAGAUGGUUUGUGUACUUUUGUUGACUUUCGAAUUGCACCAUUGGAUUUGAUGAUUGAAGACGAAGAAGAUGAUGAGGGAGUUUUGGCAGAGAAUGGCUACACGGAAGAUAAUGACCAAGAGAAUUACAAUACAGAGGAGGAAGAUGAUUGA